AUGAAUGGGUAUGGGUUUUUGCUCGUGUACCUGACGUCGAGCAUUUUUUCGGCCGUUGCUUACAAAUCUUAUGAUGGGUUUGUUCAGGCUUUUUGGUCAAUUUUUUUGCUAAAUUCUUGUAAAAAAAUCAAUUUUUUUAUUGAUUUAAGUCGUGUUCAAAGGGAAAAAAAGGUCAGAGACUGAGAAAGAUAACUGAAUUUUGGAGAGUCAGAGAUAAUUUUGAAAAUCGACCACGGCAAUAGUUUUGUAAUCAUGGGAUUUUUUUGUUAUUUGAACUUUUUUUGGAUCGCCAGAGGGGUCCCUGGAGGGCUUUAGACGGAUCUCAAACAUCGAAAGCUUAAGUGGUCCCUCUAGGGGUUUUUAUUGCAUAUUCUGAUUGGAAAGCCCAAAAGAUCUAUAGAGAUCCCUAUCCUGCUUCCCUAGAGAGACCACUUACUAAAAACCCAAGAGGGAAAACUAUAGGCAAAGUCGGAAAGGGUGAAAAAGGGCUCCAUUGAAAUUUUCCUUUUUGCAGCCUUUUUGCGCCAUUUUAUGAGCUGUUAUCUACCAAUUUUGCUGCCUCUCCCUUUUUCUACCAAUUCUUGAGUCUUAAAAAUCCCAGAAAAAUGGAAGGUUCAAAAAAGGACUCUUUUUGCUACCUUUUUGCAGCCUUUUUGCAGCCUUUUUGCAUUCUUUUUGCUGUCUUUUUACAGCCUUUCUGGUCCCUUUUUGCUACCUUUUUGCAGCCUUUCUCCGACCUUUUUUGAGCCUCUCCUGCCCGAGAAUCUUGCAAGCUAUAGCGCCCCCCAUAGGGGUGAGUAAGGCGGUCCCUAGAGGGAAGCCUUCAAGGGCCUCAAGUAGCCCCUCUAGGGACCACUCUGGCGUACCUUCGUUUUUAAAAAUUUUUAAUUUUCAAUAGGAAAAUCUAGACAGCUACAGGAGAUUCAUAACAGAUUGAAUGAAUUUUAAUUUUUUUAUAAUUAGGUUCUGAUACCGUAAAGCUAGUUUUUUUCAAAAAAAUCCAGCAUGCUGGAAAAAAAUUUAGUCGGUUUUUCUUUUAUUUUUUUGAGAUUUUUCGUAGUUUUUUUCAGUCCAAAUUAAUUAAUUUGUGAUGAGAAUGCGUGUAAUUCUUGAUUUAGGAAAAAUUUGAAAGUAUGGAAAAUUAAAAUAUAGGCCAAAAAAACAAAAAGGAAAUUUCGUGUUUUUUUCGAGUAAACUUUAGGUCAAAAAAAUUUUUUUAUGCGAUUUGAAAUACAUGUGAAAAAAAUAGUGUUUAACUAGAUUUUAGAGCCUUUUUGGCAGAAAAUAAAAAAAUACAGAAAAGAACCCAUUUCUGAAAAAAAUUGGACUUUCAAAUAUCUCCUGUUAUGAAGAAGUAUGUACUCAAAACGACCAAAAUUUGAAAAAAAUUGAAAAAAAUUGAAAACGACCGUCUUUUCCAGACAUCCAUCACCUUUCAAAGGAAAAUGAGAAUUUGAACUGAUUUUUUUCCAGGUACCGCGUCGUUUCGGUCACACUUCCCGAUGAAACGGCGAAACGACAAGUCCGGGAUCUGACCAAUCAAUUAGGCUAUCAGGUUAUCGAUUGAUUUUUUAUUGAUUGAUUUUUAUCGAUUGAUUUUGAAAUGAUCACCUUGAUCGAUUGAUUUUUAUCGAUUGAUUAUGCAAUCAUAACCUUGAUUGACUGAUUUUCAUCGAUUGAUUUUUAAAAUAUCACCUUGAUCGAUUGACUUUGCAAUCAUCAAAUUUUUUUGAUUUAUCAUCAUCGAUUUAUUUGGAAUCUUCACCUUUAUUGAUUGAUUUUUUUAUCGAUUGAUUUUGCAAUCAUCACCUUUAUUGAUUGAUUCAUAUCGAUUGAUUUUGCAAUCAUCACCUUUAUUGAUUGAUUCAUAUCGAUUGAUUUUCAAUCGUCACAUUUAUUGAUUGAUUUUUAUCGAUUGAUUUUUCAGCCGGAUCUUCUCGGCGAAUCUCACAAGGCAAACCAUUCCGCACAUUUUAUCAUCCCCGGAAAAGAUUUGGGCAAAGUCAAGGCGCAUUUUGACAAAAAUCACCUGCAAUACUCGGUUAAAGGUGAAUUAAGUGCCGCAUUUGGAAUGGCUCGACGCGUUGCGGCCGCGCUGCGGCUCCUUAUUGAAGACAGAUAAGAGGGCGAUUUUAUUUUUCGGCCUUUGAAGAGUGCAUUGAGUCAUGUCCGGAGUUUAUUGGUCGCAUUUGGAAUGGCUCAUCGCGUUGCGGUCGCGCUGCGGCUCGUUUCUCAGAAAGAGAGAUGGUCCUGAUUGCUCAUUUUGCCUAUAAAGAGUCCGUUGAGCUUUUCAAAAAAUGUUCUGGACGCAUUUGGAAUGGCUCGACGCGUUGCGGUCGCCUCGCGGCUCGUUGAAAAUCGAAUUGCUCUCAUUUUUCGGGCUUUUCUGCCAUUCCUAAUGCGACCAGAUUGGUUCAAAAAACGCUAUUUAGCUGAAAUCUAGUUUUAAGAAUACCUUUUUAUGUAACUUUCGGAUUUUUGAGAAAAAAUUCCCAAUGUUGAUUAUCAAGUUGUGACGUCAUUUUAGUAUUUAUGACGUCAUCUGAAAAUUCUCCCAAGCUUUCCAAAGAAGCUUAAUUUUUUUAGAAUGUUCUCAUCUGACAAAAUAUGACGUCAUAAUUUAAAUUCUGACGUCAUUUUCUUCAUUUUCUGAAGCUUUUAAAAAAGUUCUAGAGGAGGCUAGAAGCUUUAGAAAUCAUUGAAGACAAUUUUGAUUAUAAAUUCGUGACGUCGGUUUUUUUAUGACGUCAUCUGAAGUUUUCUCACUUUUUUCAAGGUGAUGUCAUAAAUGAGGGUCUAACUUAUUUUACUAUUUCUGGGCUAUUUGAAUAAAUUCAAACCACGAAAAUAUCUUUGGUAUGAGCGAAUUGUAGUUAACGUAGUUCCGAAAGUCUUCUUUCUUGUCACAUUUAUAUAGCCAUGACGUCAUUAAAGAGAAACGUCAUCUCUUUGAAAGUUUUGAAAAAUGGCAAAAAACUGGAGAAGAAUGGAACCAGCGUCACAAAAAUGCUACCAAGCUUCUUAGCCACUCGACCAUUGACCAAUUUCAGAUAUAAAUCCGGAGAUUUUCAAGCAACGGAGGCGUAGAAAUGCUCUCGACGGCGAUAUAACACUUGCGGAUUUGGAUAAUCGGUAUUUAUCCUAUGAAGAGGUUUUUUAAUCGAUUUUCUAAAAUUGACACCUUGUCUGUCUUUGAAAUUUUAUGUUAGAAAUUGGAAAAAUGAGCAAUUUCCAAGCUAGUUAAAUCCAAAAAAACGAGCAAUUUUGAGCUACAUAAGUCAAAAAUAGUCAAUAAUUCGAUCAAAAAUCGAUAAAUCGAUCAAUCAAUAAAAAAAUCGAUAAAUCGAUAAACCAACUAAUAAAUCAAUAAAAUUGUAGCAAAUGCGCUUCUUGGAAACUUUGGCCCAACAAUUUCCAAACCGGGUCAAACUUAUCGACAUUGGAAAUACCUAUGAAGGCCGCUCGUUGAGAUCAGUCAGGGUCAGAAAAAAAAAAUCCAUAAAUCAAUAAUCGAUUUUUUUAGAUUGGCGACGACGGAAGGCCCAAGCCAAUCGUGUGGAUCGAUUCAGGGACACAUGCCAGGGAAUGGAUCUCCUAUAAUGCGGCUCUUUUCUUGAUUUAUACGGUAGGAAAUGGAUUUUGAUUUCUAAAAUAGUAAGAAACAUCGGUAGAGAUAACGGGAGAAAUUUUUUCCUGCAAAUCAGCUAGCUUAUUUUUAUUUAUAAUGUGUUCAUUACACAGGUUGAUUCGGAAAAUUACGCCUUUUUUAACUCUAGGAAUGCCGGAGUGGCCCCUUGAGGGACAAAAUCGAGGGUUCAUGAAGGAUCCCCUUAAAGAACAUGAAGGUGGCUAUUUUAGGGGGGCACGCCAUAACGUCUUUUCACUUUUUGACUUUCAAAUCACUGAAAAAAAAAACUUAAAACAUCUCUUUGGGGACCACUCAAAAAUCCACCAACAUUUUAACACUCAAGGGAGCACUAUAUUGUCAAUCAUGAUCCAUGGAAGCCUUUCUUUCCCUGGUCCCUCUAGUGGCCACUCUCGGUUCCUAUCGGAGGGGUCUCUUUUUGGUCUAAUUUCUUUUUUUACUGCUUUUUUUCUAAACUUUUUUUCAUGAGGAUUCGUAUAUAAUGGGAAACUGGUAGUUUUAUCAGUUAAAUAUUAACACCUGAAACUUCAAGGUGAAAUAAACGAAUCAAUACAUUUUUUUGCGAGCUUUUGACUCACUUUUUAAUUUGUUUUUAAAAAAUCUCUCAAGUUUUUAGAAGAAGGCAGGCUGUAAAACUUUCUAUUCUACAUAAAACCUUGAUUAUUCGAAGAAAAUGUUCAAAAGUUAGUCACAAAGCGAAAUUUCAGAAAAUUCGAGAACUGAAAACAAUUUUUCUUUUCAAUAAAAUUCAAAUAUGGAUAAAUAUCCUUUGAAAAAUCAUUAUUUUUAUCAUCUACAGCUCGCCACGAAUCCAGCCUAUCAGAACGUCCUGGAUCGAGUCCAAGUCGUCGUCGUGCCCAAUACCAACCCCGACGGCUACGAGUACAGUCGGAACGCCGACCGACUCUGGCGCAAGACCCGGUCGCGGAUUCAGGAUAUCCGGUGCGCUGGAGCGGACAUGAACCGGAACUAUCCGUUCUUUUGGGGCACGGAAGGGGUCAGCCACAGUCCAUGCAGGUAAAAAUGGUUUUACUCCGGAACACCAGAGUGGUCCCUUAAGGGGCAGGGGCUCCUGAAGGCUCCCUAUAGGGACACUGAAGCUUGCAAAAGUCGGCUUGAUAGCGGUCCCUACAGGAUAACUUCACCUAGGAACGCCAGAGCGGAAAUGCGAAACCAAAAAACUAAGAGCGCGAAUAACAGGGCAUAUUAAAGGCGCAGGCCGGCGUAUUGUCAGAGGUCUUUGAGACGAAUCAAAAUUUCUCUACAUAAACGCAAUUUUCUGCGCGAAAGCGGCGCAGUGCAUGCACACGACACACGAAACUUUACGGAGAAAAAGUGGGCGAGGCGUCUCCUUAAGGGGCCACUGUCCUUCUCCCUAUAGCAACCACUUGAGCUUCAGCGGGUCAGGAUUCAGUUCACAAGCCCCUAGAGGGCCACUCCAGGGACCAUUCUGGCGUUUUUAAGCUCUCGGAGACCUUGCUGUAUUUGGAUACUAUUUUCAACAUUAGUGACCUUUUUGGUGAGAAAAGAGAGGGCGCAGACACGUCAGAGUGUUCCGUGGAAAUUUUAAAAAAGCAGCAAGACGGCUGUAUGCGUCGCGGUUGCGUUGCGGUUCGAAGAAUUGAUUCAUUUUGAGUAUUUUUCUGCGCCCGACUUUUAGCGACUUUCAUGGAAACUAGCCUGAGCGCGCAAGUAGUUUUUGGUUGGUUGCUGGAAAAAGAUCUUAUUCAAGGUAACCGCUGCGCAACCGCGACGCGUUGUACGAUACUAAGGAAAAAUGAACACACAACGGAUUUUUUUCAUGAAGCAGUACUGACUUUUUCUAUGCUGCCUGAUUUCUCUGCACCUUCUCAUUUUCUCGUGCUGUUUUCAUGACUUCCUGACCUCACUGUUGAUAUAGUUCAUUCACCGCGACUUUAAAGUGUCUGCGUCUCUCUGUUCUCUCACCGGCGAGGUCAGAGAAACAUGGAAAUAGCACGUAGAUAUGAGAGACCAGGAGGGCGCAGAGAAUUCCCAUCCUUGAUGAUUUUCGCGUGUCUGCGUCUCUCUGUUCCCGGACCGUCAGAGAAGCAUGAAAACAGCACGUCAACUUGAGAGAGUCGGCUAGAGAAGAGGAGGGCGCAGACAAGUCAGCCCGUUACAAACCAUUUAUAUUUCAGUGAGAUCUUCUGCGGAGUCCGGUCGAUGAGCGAAGUCGAGACGGCGGCCCUGGUCUCGGCGAUCCAAAGGGAGGAGUCGCGGAUCAGAGCCUACGCCGCCCUUCAUUCCUACGGCCAGGAGAUUCUCUACCCCUGGGGCCACACUGUACAUAAAUACCCGGCUGAUGUUGAGGAUUUGGUAAGUCUGGCAGAUCUUUCUGAGAUGAUAAGAAACGUUCAGAAACGUGUCGGCAACGCCAUGUCUCUGGCGAUUCGGAACGUCAACGGAAGCUUCUACAAGGUCGUCAACAGCGGCGACGGCUUGUGUUUGUUUUUUUCAGAUUCAUGGAAUUUUCAAAAAAUGGAAAAAUUUCUCGGAGACCCUCUCAUGCUUCCAUGCUAUUUACUUUUUCUCUGACCUCUCCGGUGAGGGAACAGAGAGACGCAGACAGGUCAGACUGUUGGAAGUCGUGGUGAAUGGACUAUAACCUUUUUGGGCGACUUGAAAAGGCGGGUCUUCUCUCCGAGCUUUAAGUCGUAGUGAAUAGACUAUAGCGUUAUACAGCCGAUUCACGACUAGCUUGAAAGGGGCGUGGCCUUCUGCGCCCUCCACUAACUAUGUACUAUUUCUCUUUUUCGAACCGCGUUAGGACUCUUUUUCCAAUGACUCAACUAUCCCGUGAAUCAGCUGUAGCUUGAUAUGAAAAAAGGGCGUGGCCUGUCUGCGCUCUCCACCAACCACGCACUAUCUUUUUCGUGUCAAGACCCUUUUUCCGAGGGCUGUGAACGAUUUAACACUUAAUUUUCAUUACGAAAAGAGUUUCAAGAUUUUUGCAGACCCUGCCGCUGGAGCCUCUGACGACUGGGCGAAAAGCCGAGGAAUCAAAUAUUCAUUUACCAUCGAAUUGGCGCCGAUCGAUGACGAGUGAGUGACGUCAUUUAUCUUCUUCUUCUUGCACCUUUGUACGGCGUGAGCGUAAAAUCGAUGACGCAAGGUCCUUCUGGUAUCCGUGAUAAUCAGUGGACUAGCUCUGGUGACAUUUCCGCUCUUGUGUCGCGCCCGGGAUGGAACUCGUGACCCUUCGGAACAUAGACAAGCGCACAACCGAUUGCGCUACGGCAUGCCGUGACGUCAUUUAUUAGCCUGUCUUCUUGACAAAUUCUCUCAAGUUCUGAUGACGUCAUCAAAGACGUAGAACUUUUCAGAAAAAAAUUUCAAAUUAAAGGAGGAUGACGUCAUUAGAGCCAUGAUAAAGAUGACGUCACGGCGGGGAAAUUUCGAAAAUUUAGAGAUUUUCUUUUCACAAAAAAUUUAUUUUUCCAAAAUCAUUGAUAAUCUAGAAAUUUACUAUGACGUCAUUAAAAUGAGAAUAAAAUGACGUCACCUUUUUCCUGAGCUUUGGAAAAAUUAUCUGAGUUAUUUCGAUUUUAUGACGUCAUAACUGAAUAUUCCGAAAAUAGUGGCGUCAUAGCGAAAUAUCGAAACUAGUGACGUCAUAACUGAAUUCUUCGGAAUUAGUGACGUCAUAACUAAAUUUUUCGAAACUAGUGACGUCAUGACUUGAUUUUUCUCCAAUUUUCUGACGUAAUUAUUCUCUUCACUCCUUCAGAACGGGUUUCGCGCUGCCCGAGUCGCGAAUCGCGGCGACGAAUCGCGACGCGUUCGCCGCCCUCAUCACGCUGGUCAACACCGUCGACAGGGAGUUUGGCCGGGUGCAGCAGCGACGGUCGCCGUCGCGGACGCGACAUCUCGUCGCCGGCGACUCAUCAGUCGCGUCGUCGUCGUCGUCGUCGCAAAAAUUUCGGUACCGAGCCUACGGUCGCGGCUGA